AUGUCACAGACAAGUGUACAGAAAGCGUGUGCCGGUUGUGGAGGCCGGUUUGAAGAGAAAGGAGUGGCGUUCAGCCCACCAGAGCGGAAGCAGGCCAAUGGGUCUGAUCUGCUCAGGUCAAACGGAUCAAUACUCAAUUCUGAUUGGUGCCAAUCAAGAGCUUUGGCCUCUUCAGGUGACGUGACCUCAAGCGAAGAACAGUCUUGCUUUCUCGCAUCAUUUCUGCCAGUUUCUAUCGUUCUCUUUCACUCUCUCUCUCUCUCGCUUUCUUCAUCUCUUUCCAGCCUGGCUUGA